AUGAAGUUGUUGGCCGUCUUUUUGGUUUUUUGUGCAGUUUCGGCGGAGAAAGCCAAGAGAAGUUUGAGAAAAACUUAUUAUUUUUAUAAGAAAUUGGAUAUAUUUGAAGAUGUGGUGGUGACGGCGGAAGAGGAGAAGGUGCGGGACAAGUUGGGGUACCUGGCGAUCGGAGAAAUCCACAAGGAGAUGGACGACGAUCAUUCCGGCUCCAUCGACCGUCAGGAGACCACCGGUGUACGAUUUUCAUCAAGUUUUUUUGAAGAUUUUCCUUCUGACUGGUUUUUUUCAUGUUGAUGUUGAUUUUUAGUGUAGUAUAAGGUACUGUAGUGUAUAUUUCUGAAAUAUUUUUUCAUAGCGUAAAAAUGACAGGAAUAUAAUUUUUUUUGAAGAAAAGUAAUGCUUUUGAAGAAUAUUCGCUUUCAGACCUAUUGUGCCAAAAAAUGUCUUUCAGAGAGUUUUUGAAAGUUUUCCUGUGUUAAAUGUCGUUUUCACGGACCUAAUAGCCUAACAAAAAUUCUUCAAAAGAUUUUUUUAAAGGCGCAGAACGAAUUUUAAGAAUAUUAGCUUUUAAGACCGUUCACACUAAAAAAAAUUGCCUUUCAGAUAAUUGUUGAAUUUUUCUAGUGUUAAAUUCAUUCCAAACCUUUUUGCCUAAUCAUAGAAUGCUUUAAAGGAUUUUUGAAGUUGCAGGACAGUUUUUUAUGAAUUUUCGCUUUGAAACCCGAUUUCUUACCCCGUCAUGUGCCUUUAAAAACUUCUAUCUGAAUUUUUUGAAGUUUGCCCUUUUUAUUGAAUGCUGUUUUUUGUAGAUCUUGUAGAUUUUUUCUUGAAGUCCCAGGACGGUUUUUGAGAAUUUUCGCCUCGAGACUCGAUAACUGACCUUCGUCCUGUGCCUUUAAAAAUAUUAUUUUUCGGCAUUUUUUCAGUUGAUUUCAAUAGAUACUGCUCUAGCUCAAAAAACCAGCUUUUUUCACUGUAAACUCAACAAAAAUUUCCAUAAGUCAGUGUUUUUUCGUCCUAUGAAUGUUUUUGACUUUUGAAAAUGGACGCAACGGAUUAACUCAGGGAAAAAAGAUGUUGUUUUUCACUUGUCGGUUGUUGAGCAAUUGUCGAAUUUUCACAUGUCAAGGUGGCUGAAGUAUUGGUGUUUUCGAUAUAUUUUGGGGAAAAUAUGGAAUUUCGGACUGGAUAAAUUGGUUUUAUCGAUUAAAAUGAGAUAAUUUAAUUUUUGUUUACAAGAAAAAUUAAGCUGAAAUUUCAUAGUUUCAAGUUGGAUUUUUCCGAAAAAAAUCUUUCUUGUGAGUAAACAUCAAAUAAUUAAUAUAUUUGCAUUUUUUUGUAGGUUAUUUUUUUGAUCAAAAAGUUGAUCCGUAAAGAUAUUUUUGAAGAAAAAAAUGAGACGGAAAUGACCUUUUUUUGUUGGGGAAAAAUUCAGCGAAUUCCGGCGGUUUUUCGGCGAGAUUUUUUUCAAUCGAAUGUUUUUCAAGAAGUUAACGAGUUUCUUUUGGGGAACUGCAAGGGAAAAAAACAAGUUUUUUUCAGCGAUUUUUUUGUAAAAAAAUAACUCGUAGAAAAAGGUUAGUAAUAAUCAACAUUUUGAUAUUGAUCUAUGAAUUUUUUUGUUUUUCUGUGAGAAAUAUAGUGUUUUUUUCCGUUUUUUUCUGUAAGAAUUAAGCUCAAAUUCCAUCUUAUCUUGCGAUAUUUUUUUCGGUUUGAAGACUUUGGACGAUGAAAUAAUUGAAUUUUGAAGAAAUAUAUACCUUUUUUUCACAUUUUUUUGUUUAAUUUUUUUCAUAGCAGAAAGGAAAUAAUUUCCAAAAAAAGUCAUUAUUUUUCGAAUAUUUCUUAUAAAUUUUUUUGUAUAAAAUUACAAUUUCCUGGACUUUCAGCCAAUAAUCUUGCCGUCGAACUUCGUUCUGGUAUGAUAAACAAGUUGAUAAGUAAGAGUACACGACUUUUUCACGUGUCUCAUGAUGUUUUAGUUUUAGCUGAAUCGAUGUCUCUUUUUGGCGAAUUCGGGGGCUUCGGAGGUGUCUUUUGAUAUCAAAAAGGUAGAAAAGACCAUAUUUCUGCGAACUUUUUAUAAUUUUUAUUGAUUCUUAUUGUUUUCUAUAAGGUUAAGUGAGUAUUUUUGAAGGUUUUGAAGAAUUUCAAGUCUUUUCUGACGAAUAGAUAAUGCUCUUCAGCACGGAAAAUGAUGGAAAAGACGCAUUUUUUUAAAUUUUGACUGGAAUUUUAUUGAUUUUCGGACUUUUCACGAACUUCAUCUCACUGAUCAUUCAAAUCCUCGCGUUUUUGGCAUAUUUUUCCACGUCUUUUGAUAAGAAACUGAUAAACUCCUUUUGUUUGUCCCCUCAGAACCAAGGUUGCAUUUGGCGGCGAGGCGUUUGAAAGUUUUUGGAGGGAAAAUGAUGGAAAAAUCCGUUUUUUUCGGUAGAAAAUCAGGAAAUUUUGGAAAAAAAAGUUUAUUUUAAUUGCAAUUUUUUGUCUUUUUGUGUCAAAAAUUAAACAGUAAACCUGAUUUUUUUGUGUUAUUCAUUGGUAAACUUUUUUUUUUCAUGAUAUCAAUCCACUUUUGGACAGUUCAAAGUCAAGAUUUGGCCAAGGUUUUCUGAAAAUUCAAUAAUUCGAUUAUUUUAAAUUGCUACAGAAGGUUUCUAAGCAGUUUUUUUCUUGUGUUUUCAUAUAUAAUAUUGAAAAAAAUGGGCUCCCCAAAGUUAGGUAAAAAAAUGUUUCUUCUUGCCACCCACCCAUUUUGUUUUUGGACGGUUCAAAAUGAUGAUUUGCCCAGGGCAUUUCGGUAAUUUAACAAUUGUGUUCUUUUAAAUGACUUCAAGAGAUUUUUGAACACUUUUUUGUGUUUUCACUUCAAAUAUUGGGCAUAAAAACCGAUUUUUCGUGUUAUUUAUUGGCAAAAGAAGUUUUUUCACGGCAUCCACUCAUUUUACACAGUUGAAAAACGAAGAUUUGGCCUGGGUAUUUUGGUAAUUUAAAAAUUCGGUUAUUUUAUAUGGCUCCAAGAGACUUCUAAGCAGUUUUUUCUCGUAUUUCAUAUUAAAUAUUGAAAAAAUGGGCUUCCCAAAGAUUUUUUAAGGUUUAAAAAGGUUUUUUCGUGCCACUCACCCAUUUUGGACAGUUCAAAAUGAAGAUUUCGCCGAAAAUUAGAGGAUUUUCGAUGAAUUCGUCUGACCGAUUUUGCUACGGACACCCGCAUUGGCCGGCCGUCGCCACGCAUCUCGAGAAAUGAUCAAUCAAAUUCGUUUCGGCCAUCGUCCGGUCCAUUUUGAGGCCGUUUGUUUUUGCUGACCAUGAGAAGCGUUGGGGGAUCUGAAGAUUUUUCCUAAAUUCGCUCUCUGAACUGAACAAGGGCCUUGAAAAAUUAGGAGAAUUGACUUAUAAUUUGUAAUAAUAUUAAUUUUUUUCAUUUUUCUUCCGGUUUUUGGAAGUUAAAAUAGAUAAUUUUUAAGACUUUCGAAGUCAAAUAUUGAUCUAAAAGUUCAUUGAAAAGUCUGAAAAAAAGUAUAAAAAAACCGUUCUUUCAGAUUUUUACGAUAUAAAAAAAUUGGCCCAAAUUUCAAAAUUUGAAAUGAAAUUUUCUACCCGUUCAAAGUUCCUAACCGCAAAAAUCUAGAAAAAAAUUCAAACUGAAAAUUUAUUUUUUUAGCUUAAAAAUUGUGAAUUAAACAGCCGGAAAAGUAUUAGAACAUAGGAAAUGAGAAAGAACGAAAAAUAUAGGAAAUUGAGUUUUUUUGAACUUUUUCACUUGUUCACGAGGCCUGAAAAAAUGGAUACUUACGAUUUUUUUAAGAAGCUUUUAAGGGAAGUACUGAAAAACGCAGUUUGAGAACUUGAUCGAACUUUGUAGAGAUUUUCUUCCAGAUUUCUGAUUUAGGAACAAGAAAAGCUACCUGAGAGGUGUCUGGAUACCUUCUCGGACAUUAGUAACGCGAAUCAGAGUGUCGUGGCAUUUCUAGUGACCACUUUAGUAGCGUCAGUACCCAUAAGGGAACCCUAGAGUUGCUCAAAAUCUAAAAAUCCGAAUCGGACAUGUCGUGGCAUUCCUAGGGACCACUUUAGUAGCGACAGUACCCUUGAGGGGACCCUAGAAUUGCUCAGAAUCUAAUACCGCGGGCCGGACGUGUCGUGGCAUUCCUAGUGACCACUUUAGUAGCGUCAGCACUCAUAAGUAAUCCCUAGAGUUGCUCAGAAUCGUCCGGAAAACGUCCCUUUUGCGUUACCAAUGUCCGAGGUUGCUCAAAUUGGAGGGAUAAGGGAUGAAAUUGGGAGAUAGAACAGAUAAAUUGCUGCAGAUGUCCUUUUUUAGUAGUUUCGACACCUCACUUUGGAAAAAAAUUUUCUACUUUUCUUCGCUCCUUACUUAUCUACAAUUUGACGAAGAACUUUUCGUUUGAGCGAUGGUAUCCAGAUACCUCUCAGGUAGUAUCCAGGUACCAUAUGGUAGUACCCGGUAGCUAGAAAACGACCAGGUGUUAAGGAGAUCGAUUUUGAAGUAGCCAUCCUCAUCUUGAUUGACCUGAAAAAAGUAGAUUCCUUACAGUUCUUGUAUUGCAGUUCAUGAAAGAAGACAUGCACAUGCGGGGGUCGGAGAGCAAACGACGGGAGAACGCGUUCCACGGCGACGACGACGCCAUCACCGUCGACGACCUCUGGGAGGCCUGGUUCGAGAGCGAGGAGCGCGCCUGGACCAAUGAGCAGGUUUGGAGGGCAUAUAGUUCUCUCUGUUCCGAUUGAAUAGCUGUUUUUUCGGUUUUCCGAAUGUUUUGUUAGCAACAAGGCAUUAUCAAAAAUCGGCAAAGUUGACGAUUUUAAAUGUUAAAUGGAGUUCCUGAUCGACCUCCUUAUGCAAAAAUGGACUCAACAUCGUUGAUUUAGGAGAAAGUUUUGCAUAGGAAAAGCUUUGGAAUUUCGAAAAAUAAAAAUUUUCCAUUUUUCAAAAUCCGCUUUUUGGUCCAGUCAAUUUCGGUCUUAAAAGUAACUUUUUGCAGAUUCCUCAAAAAGAACUUUUUCAAAUUCAACAGAAGGUUUUUGAACAAGGAGCUGUUUUACAAACGGAAAAACAGAAAAAAAGGAUUUUAUAUUUUUUUCAAAAAGACUUUUUACCAGGGAACGUUUUUUUACCCCCGGUUGAACUUUUUGCUGAAACUUUGCUGAGGUGUACUUUAGAACCCCCUGAUUCCAGAACAGAAAGAAUAUUUCUCGCAAUUGAUCUUGUUUCCGAGUUAUGGAGCUUCAAAGAGUGCAAAAUACGCAAAUUAGGCCAAAAAAAAGCUAUUUCGGGCUUUUGAAGUGUCCUAACUCGAAAACGAGAUCUAUUGCGAGAAAUUUUCUUUCUAUUCUGGAGUAAGGGGGUCCUAAAGUACACUUCAGCAAAGUUUCAGCAAAAGUUCAACCGCGGGGUUAAAAACGUUCCCUAGUUAGACCAGUGGGCUGAAAAAUGAUCUAAUUCUGUUCUUUUUCCGGAUUUCUCGGGUCGAAUUUAGUCUUUUUGUAUGAAUAUGUACUAAAGGGGAGAGCUCUGGAUCAGGAAAUGUUUUGAAAAUUGUGAAGAAGACAAAAAUAAGAGUUUUGAAAUUUUUUCAAAAAGGGGACCAGACUAUUGGUACAAAAACUCUUCAAAUUCGGAAAUUUUUUUCUAUUUCUCUAAGUAAGUGAGAUCUAUUCUCGUGAGGACAAUGGUUUUUCGAAAAGUUGGCUUUUGAAAAUUCCUGAAAUUCGGUCUGCCCUUUUAGUUGGAAAAAAAAGUCAUGCUUCAUCAAGGCUUUUGAAUAAUUUCAAGAUAGAUGAAAAAAAAAAACGCGAUUUCUGUUGAAGGUUCACUCAAAAGUUUGAGAACUCUGUUAUAUUUUUCAUUUUUUUUUUCCCUUUGUUUCGCUGACCUCUCUUGAAAUUUGGUAGAUUUUUGGUCGGUUUCCAUAAUUUAUGCGGAUUUUAUCGAUGUUUCUGCACUCGCAUCAUGUAAAUUUUGGUUCGGUUCGAAAAUUCCCCAUUUUAUUUCGGUUAUUGAGUGGUUCUGGCUUCUGACAACAGUUCGCGUUGGUUUUCUAGUUCAUUUUAAUUUAGUUUAAGGCGAGGGGGGACAAAUUAAAAUCAAUAUGUGAACAUUGAUUUUCUGCCUUGUUUGUUAUGACUUUUAAUUUUUUCUUGUCAUAAAUUUUGCCUUAAAUUCAAAGAAAUUGAAAUUUUUAGCUCAUCCACUGGCUCUCCACGGUUGUUAACCUGCCUAUGUAUGCGGAGCGGGCGCAAAAGUUGAAAAUCGACGGAACCGCCCUUCCCAGGUGAAUUUUGUACAGAAAAAUAACAUUUUUUCGAUAAUUUAUUUAAAAAAUUCGGAAAAAAUUGAGAAGAAAUGAAGUUUUUAGGUCCAAAUCAAGCAAAAAUUUGAAAGCUAGGAAAUUUUAUAUUUUAUCAUUGUUAGGGACUUCAGAGUGGUCCUUAUAGGGGCCUUUGGAGUGUCCCCUCUAGGGACCACUUUACCGAUCCCUAUAGGGGACACUAAAGCUUGCAAAAGUGGUCCCUAUAGGGGAAAUUCUAAUCAAUAACAGCUAUGAACUCUACGCGUGGUCAGACCCUAAACCCCUACAGGGACCCCCUUGAUUUCAUCCCUGUAGAGACCACUUUUUCGGCCUCUAUAGGAGUUGUUUUCCCCCCUAACCCUUAUAGAGACCACUCUGGAGGUCCCACUCUUCCUCCUUCUUAUACGUUUCAAAUAGAAUUUAUGUUUCAAAACGAAUUUCUGAAUCUGUUUGAGCUGUUUUAUUCACGAUCUCAUUUAUCAACCCCGAGUUUUCAGAUUCGCCGUCCACAACUCCUCGUUUAUGACCCAGCAGAUGGGCAUAAAGUCGUCGGUCCAUCGGCAGAAACUUCGAUUGAACGCCCUCGACGUGGUGCUCUUCGGACACCGCGACAACAACUCCAAGACGAAGGACAUUCUUUUGGCCUUCUUGGUAAGGAGCUUCCUAAAAUUGGAUUGGGUUACGGAGGUGGUCUUCCGUAAAGCUGUUUUUGAACUUUAUGUAAAUAAUGGUACCCUCUAUAGAAAUAAUUUUUCGAUAUUUAUCUUCCAUGCACCUAACUUCACUAUUAUCAACUUUUCUCAGCUGGAAAAAGCCUUCUUUUUCAAAAAAUUUUGGCUCGUUCCUGGUGGCCAGUAAAGAAGUUUUGGUAGGAGAUUUAUCAGUUGCAAAAACAGGAGCAAAAGAAGUUCAGUAUUAACCGUGACCUAGUAAAGAGCUCAAUAAGUCCGGGAGGAAGAUUUGACCAAAAAGUUUGGAAAAGAAGGGUAACUUUAUCCCAGCGAGCAAUGACAAAGUUGGAACUAAUUUCAACCAGGAGGUAGUACUGACUUCAAUUUAGCAAAGCGUUGAAGGAGAUCUCCUUUUGGAAAAGGUCUGACGAAUUAUGGAAACAAAAAGAUUCUUAUAGUGUAGAGGAAGAGGUCCCUAAGGUUAUGGAUUAUUCCAGAACAAUGGGGGAGUAUAGAAAGUACUGAGAUUUGACUCAUUUGAUCCUUUUAGAUCAUUUGAGUCAUUUUAGGGAAAGAUGGAAAAUUCUAGACUUUUCCAAAGAAAAUGGAACAUUCGAGAACCAUCUAAAAAAUGCAGAGCAAUUUUAAAAAAUCAUGGAAAUUUCUAGAAGGAGUCCACACAUAAUCCCUAUGUCGUAAUGAGAUUAGAAAUGUACAUAAAAUCCUUAAAUAUUCUAGGUUUUGAGGAAAACGUUGUUUCUCGCUCAUAGAAUGUGUUACGAAAGUGGCCAGUGAAGAAUCUUUGGUGGGAGAUUUAUUAAUAGCAAAAACAGGAGUAAAAAGGUUCGGUAUUCUGUAACAACCAGUUUCAUAUAGUGCUUACGAGGAAGGUCAUUUUACUUCACGGUUUGAAAUUUUCUACAAAUUUUCUCAAACACUCUUUGAAUGUCUAGAUGAAGAUCCCUCAUAGUGGCGAUGUGCGUGAAUUUCUAGUUUUUGAGAUAUUAGUUUAUAAAGCUCGCGUUUAACACAUAACUAGACCACACAAUGAGGUCUUUUUUUUUGCGACUUGGAGUUUUCUACAACCGUGCCCAAGCACUCUCUGAAGGUUUAUAUAAAGAUCCAUCAAGCUCGCAACCCGCAAAAGCUUCUAGUUUUUGAGAUAUUUAAUUUUGAAGUUCGAAAAAUUAGGUUUGAAACUUAUAUUUCGCAUGAAAUAAUUUUUUUCAAGUUUUGUGAAUUUAAGGUUUGUUCAAAAUCAUUAAUUGAAUUCGUUCACCAAAAAAAGUAAAAUUAAAAAUUUCCAGGCCCUUCUUCUCACCUCGGUGCUGAUCCUCUAUGCGAAACAGCGCCAAAGAGCUCGAAAGCAGGUCUUUUCUACUUAAAUGCAAAUAUUAAAAAUCUUUUUAGGUUCACGACCUUUCAACACGCCUCACCGAGCUGAAAAGCAUGGAGAUUGAGUUUGAAGGCGUUCAGAAGAAAUUGAACGAGGAGAGGAGUAAAAGGUACAUUUUUAUCAUCAAAAUAGUUCGUUUAGGGUUCAAUUUUUUUAUUGUUUAUAAGUCUGGAUCGCACACUAUUUUUUUAAUCUAUUUAGGACACAUUUUUCUCAAAAAAAAUUCAGAUAUUCUCCUAAAAUCUUCUCAAGCUAAGGAGUGAAACAAGUUUCUGGAAUUUGGAUCAAGUUUGAAAAAAAGCUAGCCGUAGAACAAGAUUUGGAGCUGUAGACUGUAAAUUUUUGCUAAAUUUGUGAAAACCAGCCCUAAAAUGAACUUUUGAACUUCAAGUUAUAAAGUUUCGAUAUUUAGAUUGUGGAAAAGGCAACCUUAAAACAAGUUUUUUUUGACUCGAAAAAUUCUAUAUUUUUGGGUUCAAUUUGUAAAAUCUGGUCAUAAAAUAAGUCUUCGGCCUGUAAGUAAAAAAAUUUUUGGGAUUGAAUUUGUAGGAAAGGUAACCUUAAAAACUAGUUUUUCGACUUGUAGGUUCAUAAUUUUUCAAAUUAAACUUGUAAAAUCUAGUUAUAAAAUAAUUUUUUUCGAACUGAAAAAUUGUAAAUUUUUGCGUUCAAUUUGUAAAAAGCCAGCCGUAGAGCCAGUUUUUGAAGCUUAAAAAAACUUUAAUUUUUUUGAUUGUAUUUGUGGAAUCCAGCCGUGAAAUGAAUUUUUUUGAACUUUAAGUUGGUAAUUUUUUUGAUAUUGAGUUUGUACAAAAGAUACUCUUAAAACAAGUUUUUUUCGACCUGUAUAUUUAUAAUUUUUCAAAUUGAAUUUUUAAAAAAAGUUAGUUGCAACUUUUCGACCUGUAAAUUAAUAAUUUUCCGCCCACCGAACUCGAUUUUGAGCUACAGUAAUAUAAAAUUUGUAAAAUCUAGUCAUAAAAUAAGUCUUCGACCUGUAAAGUGUACAUUUUUGGAUUUAAUUUUGUUAAAACUAAACAGAAAACAACUCUUAAAACAGUGAAGUGCAAAUUCCCAAUAUGUUUUUUUUUCAAACUCCAGGUCAACCGCCGACGGUGGCGCGAACAAGGUGGAAAUGGAGAAUUUGAGAGUUCAACUCGAAGAGGCCGAAAGGAGGUUGGCAAGCGCGCUCUGUUGAUAAUUUUGAUGAUGAAAAUUAUUUAGAUUGGAACAAAAUACGGCUGGAGCUGUGACGCCGCUCGCACUGCAACCGCUCCUCCGGAAAACCUGCGAAAAUGAGAUGGCUUUCCUGGAAAAGCAAAGACAAGAGUGGGUUUCGGAGAGAGAGAGAAGCUGAAAAAGUUCUGAAAAAAUGACCAGUUUUUUUUUUCAAGAAACGUGUUUAUUCUGCGAAUCUUUCGAGGAAACCAACAUUUUUUGAAAUCAGUAGGGAAUUUUGAACGAGAAACGGGUUUAAAACUUCCGCGAAAGAGAAAAAUAGGAAUUCUGGUCUUUUUCCGAAAAGAAUCUCCUGAAAAAUUUUUCAGUGGCCACUACGGAGAGGACACUAAAGUGGCCACUAAACCCACCUCUAUGGUGGCCACUAUUUUCCGUUUUAGUGGCCACUUCAGUAGUUUUUCAUCCAGUGUUCCUUCCAGUAACUCUGAUAGUUUAAAACAAACAGAUUGGACCAGUUAUGUUGAUCCAUUGACCUCUAAAGUGGCCACUAAAAUUUUCAAGGAUCUAGUAGUAGCACUUAGACCUCUACAGUGGCCACUAGUUUUUGACCCCUCAAGUGGGCACUAAUUCGACUACUAUAGUGGCCACUAAAAACUUUUCCAGUCAUGUGAAUGUUUCUCCUCAAUCGGUGCAUUCCAGAUGCUUCAAAGAGAUGAAAGAGGCUAUUGAAAUGGUCGACCGACUGCAGAAGAAGCAGGGAAGUGUCUUAUCGUCGUUGAAGCUCGCCACCGGCGCCGCCUCGGCUUCCGAUCAAGUCGAUUCGAAGAUUUUCGCUCUGAAGUAGGUCUCAGAAUGAGUGGAAGUUCGUUGAGUCGACAGGAAAUUUCAAGUUUAACACGCUGUCUCUGUAAUUCUCAGAAAUUUCUAAAAGCAACGGGUACAAUAAAAAAAAAAUUUUUUUGAUUUUGAUGAUCUUCCUCUCUUCAAUACUGUGAUACGCAGGUGCCCACCUGCCUACCGUAACCCGGCUACAGUAAGAGGAAAUGGCUCAAAAAGUUGGGUCCGCAUUUCUGAUGAUUGGCUAUCACACUGGAUGAAGUUUCAUCAAAAUCAAAAAAUAUUUUUUUUCAUCGUACCCGUUGCUUUUAGAAAUUUUUAAGAAUUACAGAGACAGCGUGUUAGACUGCUUAUAGUCCAUUCCGCCCUAGCUUUCUAUGGUUUCUAUUAUCCUCCGAGCCAUAGAAAUCUUCUGGGAAACUGAAAUUUCGCCUAAAGUUUCCGCCAUACUAUUAACGCAUAGGAAGGCCGCGACCAUCUAACAGAGGCCGCUAAAGCUUGCAAAAGUGGUACCUAUGGGGGUUUCAGUUAGCGACCCCUAUAGGGAGACGUGCUAUGAGGGAAAUUAAUAAUCAAUAAGUUAGCAAUACUCAAGUGAAAAAUAUUAACGGAGAAUUAUUAAAAUAAAAUUCGCCUUUUUAAUUUUCAAGUUAGAUUGGAAGCCCCUAAGAGGCCACCUGAAUGUCACCCCUAAAGGGAGCACUUUUUUGUCCUUUUUUGUUCCCUAUAGGGGUUCUCUUCCUCCGAACCUCUAAAGGCAACCUCAUAGUGUUUCUAAGAAUGGGAGCUUUCCUGAAGGUUUGUGUAGCUCGGAGGAGGAAAAUUGCGGCGCGGAAUGGGCUAUAGUUAAUUAGAUAGCAAGCGAUUUUUCGCUCUAGGUUCAAGAAUUUGUAUCUUUUGUCAAUUUUUAUCAAGUGGAAUUUUGUGGGCUCCUUGAGUAGGAAAGAAAAGGAAAAUUUCCGAAUUCCAGAAGCCGAAUGGAGAAAAUCCACGCCUUGACGCGAGAAACACAAGAACGAUGGAUGCAGAUCGAGUCGCUCUGCGGUUUCCCGAUCCUUUACUCGAACGGUUCGUAGAAAAAUUGGUUUUUAUGUGAAAUAUUAAGGGGAAGAAGCCUGGGGUGUUUUUGACGACUAGAGAUUAGGUUAUGAGAAGGAAUACAAAAAAAAGUGCGCUAUAGCUCAAUAGGUUGUGUGCUUGUCUACGGUCCAGAGGGUCACAAGUUCGAUCUCCCUGCGACAUAAGCAAGGGGUUUAUGAAAUGUUGGUAUGGGGAAACCACGGUUUUAUAAUUCCUAGGUACACGAACGCCAAUAUUUCAACUAAAAAUUGGUACUAUUACCCAUCUUGGCUUUUUUGCGAAACUCGCGACCAGAACAAGCAUCAAAUUUAACAAAGAACUAUUGAAAAAAGUCAAACUAUCUAAGCUUUAUUGAAGCUUGACGUCUUUUUCGACGUCUCAGGGUGGGAUUCAGCGGGCGUAUGGAACCGAUUUGGCUGGUUUUCUCUGAGAUCCAAGUUUGGAAGCACCGUGAGAUGCAGAAAGCGAAUUUUCUGACACUCUGACAUUGGCGAAACCUACAUACUUUGUUGUUAGAAUUCAAAGAACGGAUCAGAGAAAUGAGAGAAAUUUUGGAUAAGAGAUCUUUGUUCUAUUUUAUAGCCCUUGAAAAGAUACGUUUCAAAAAAAGGUCAAAAUGAUGGCUUCACUUUUUUGUUUUAGUGUUAGAUGUAAUCCACUUGGAGGUGAACAAAAAAUUUUCAAAUAAUAUCGAAAAAUAGCCUUUGGCGAACUAGAAGACCAGCAUGUAGUUGAUCAAAUUGAAAGCAUGGUCUUACGGCUUCUCGCCUUGUUCCUCUGCGCUUAGUCUAUUCAGAUGUUCCCUUGACGAGCUCAGAAUAGAGCGGAUGUUAAAGCUUAGCCCCGGAGACCGUGCUCCAGGUGGAAAGCUUGAAUGUAGAUGAUCAAUUUGAAAGCAUGGUCUUCCGGCUUCUCGCCUUGUCCCUCUACGCGUAUUUCAUCGUUGCGCCUUGACGAUUUCAGAAUAUAGCUGAUGUUGUAGCUGAACCACGGAGACCGUGCUCCAGGUGGAAAGCUUGAAUGUAGAUGAUCAAUUUGAAAGCAUGGUCUUCCGGCUUCUCGCCUUGUCCCUCUACGCGUAUUUCAUCGUUGCGCCUUGACGAUUUCAGAAUAUAGCUGAUGUUGUAGCUGAACCACGGAGACCGUGCUCCAGGUGGAAAGCUUGAAUGUAGAUGAUCAAUUUGAAAGCAUGGUCUUCCGGUUCCUCGCCUUGUCCCUCUACGCGUAUUUCAUCUAGUUGCGCCUUGACUAGCUUAAAAUACAACUGAUGUUGUAGCUGAACCAAGGAGACCGUGCUCCAGGUUAAAAGCCUGAAAUCAGAGCUACCACUUCGAGAGAAGACACGGAAAUAUCGAAAAAUUUCCAGAAACCUUGCCACUCCACGUCGUCGGAGGCGCAUCGAACUCGACGGCUCAUUUCUACAAUCAACAGCCGGCGUCGCUCUCAGGUGCGUUGGUCUCAUCGGCAUCACUAGCCCCAGUCGUCGGCGCGAUUCCGCUAGCGACAUCGCUCCCCGCCGCAGAGCCCCUGGUCGUCUUCCAUCAGGGAUCAUCCCCGCCGCGAAGUACCGCUUCCUCGUCUUCUUCUGCUUUUUGAAUCGAUUGGAACAUUUUUUUUUUGAUUUUGUGGUGGUGGUGGUGGAUUUAAAGAUUGAGCUAUGAAAAGAGAAAAAAUGAAUUAUGAAAAAUGACUUUUAUGAAAGUUUCUGUGAUAGUUUUUUCAUGUAGGAAUCUUCAUGGGCCAAAUAUAAUUAGCUUUUUUUUUUCAAAUUUUGAAGCUCGAUUUUUUUGGUACCUUCUGUUGGAUGUGUGAUGUUAUGGAGAAGUUUUAAAAAAAUUGAAGUUAGAGUCAAAUUUUUGAAAUAGAAGAGGGUAGAUUUUUCAAAAAUCGAAAUUAAGGAGAUAAGACAUUUUUUAAUGAGCUAAAAAGUGAAUUUUUGAACAGAAUGUGUAAUUUUGAGACUCAAAAAGCGUUAUUAGACUCAAAAAAGUGAGUUUUAUGGUUUCAGAGUCAAAAAAAGCCUUCGAAUUUAUUAUUUUUUUGAUUUUUCUAAAUUCUUUCCUCUUCUAAACCGGUUUCAUUUCUGUUUCGUUCUCUAACUGACAUUUUCUGAAUUUUUACCACGAAAAUUGAAUUUUUACAUCACACAGCCAAUUUUACACAUUCACAGUUUUUUCUCUAUACUUCUGUAGUUCUAUUCCUAAUUUUUGACCCUAGUUUUCAAUGUUUUUUUUCGUUAUUCUCAACAUUUUUUGUGAUAUUUUUAAUCUGUCGGCUUUAUCUACUUUUUUUUCAAAUCUUAUACGCUCACCAAUCAACGGCUUUCAUUGUGCUCAAAGUUCGCCUCUUGGAAAAUGGCUCAAUUUUUCAUUAAUUUGUCCUUUUUUGCUAUACAAUUGUAGAUAAAUAAUGCAUUUUCAUGUAACUUUUCGGGUUGGUCGUUUUUCUUGCAUGACUUUUCUUUUCUAAACCUCUGAAAAUCCUUGUUUUAUUGUUUUCCUGCGCUUUCCUUCUGUUUGAAAUGCGCUUUGAUCGUAUUUUUCAGGCUUUUUUUCAGUUGCUUUGAAAUAUAAUUUUUCUCACCUUUUUUUAACUCUGAAACUUGACUUUUUUUCAGGGUCGUCGCAUUCUUCAGCGUCCGGGGCUAAUGGGAACGUCAAGCGGAAAGUUUCGAAGGUAAUUUUGGAAUUGGAAGUUGAAAAAAUCAUAAUUACGUUAGAUUUUGAUCUUUUUUGAUCAUUUUUUUUUGAACCUUUUCGAAUUUUUUUAAUUUUUGACCAAAUUUGAUUGAAAUGAGAGCUCUUAUAUACAAUUCAUUUUUUUGGAUAAUCAGAUGUUUUUUUGAAAAAAAUUAAGUGAAGCUUUCAGAAUAUAAUAUAGAGGAAAACUGAGUUUUUCCACCGUUUCUCGACGGUUUUUAUUGAUUUUUAUCAUUUUCCAGCCCAACAUGACGGCAUCCAACUCAAUGACGUCAUCUCAUGGUCAUCCGACGUCAUCAUUCGAGGAGGAUGACGUCACCUCGAAAAAGAGCACGGCGACCAUCGCUUUUCAGACCACUGGGUGAGUUUUCUCGAAAUUUUGAGUGGCCACUUAGGGGUUUUCUUUCGUUCCAUCCACAGCUUCGAACAUUUCUCUAAAGCUUGAAAGUGGCCCCUUAAGUGACCACUUGGAAUCAGAAUCCUUUAUGUGACCACUUCGAAUGCUAAAAGUGACCGUUUAAAAGUGCUUUGAGACGAAAAGUUCCGCAGUCAUUUAGAGUUAUCUUUAAAGCAUAGCGCUUUCUCUAAAAUCGCUUCAAGUCCCUUAAGUUAACACUUAAACUUAAAUCUCUUAAGUGAAAAUGAAGAAACCUUUCCCAGUGCUUCAAACAUUCAUGACCUCUCCAAAAUUGCUUCAAAUACCUGAAAAUAGUCCCUGGAGUGUUCACUCGGAACGAGAAUCCUUUAAGUGACCACUUCGAAGGCUAAAAGUGAGCGCUUGAACGUUUUUGAGACGAAAAGUCCCCGAAGCUAUUUAGAUUCAUCUUUAAAGCAUAGGGCUUUCUUUAAAAUCGCUUCAAGCCCCUUAAGAGGACCCUUGAACGUGAAUCCCUUAAGUGAGCGGAAAGGAAAUUUUCGCAGCUUACAAGCUUUUCAAAUAUUCAUGAUAUUUUGUGAAUUCCUACAAAACCUGAAACUGGUCCCUUGAGUGAUCAGUUGAAACGAUCAUUCUUUUAAAUCCUUAAAAGGACCUCGUAUUGGUCUCUCAGGCGAAAUUGAAACUAGAAUCCCUCAGGUGACCUCUCAAACAAUCCUUUCUGCAGGAUCUCCCUAAAUGGAAACGACACGACCUCCAUAGCCUCCAUGCCGACGGUCAACGGGACGAACGGGACGACGAUAUCGCCCGAGGCGAAAAAAACGCAAAGGAUUCAUGAAGAUUUUUCAAGAAAUCAACGUCAAAAAAAAUAG